AAUUGUUGUUUUUUCCCACAAUGCACCGGGCGGCACUGAGGUCGCCUGUUGUUGCCUGGGAGGGAGGGAAAAGCGCGCGUGCAUGCAUGUAGCCACUCGGCGACUGUCUGUCUGUACUACUUUUGUUUGAACUUUAAGCGUUUUAAACUCCGACAUGCCUCCGUUUGGGCUGACCGUCACCGUUAACCUGUUGGCUAAGUCUCUCGGUGUGUUCUCCCACUCCAGGUUUUCCAGGAUCUUCUCUGCUAAUGUGAACCCAGUAAAAUACCUGACUUCUCAGACCAGCGGGCCUCCUAAGAGACCUCUAAAUGGAUACAUGAGAUAUCUUCUCCAACAGAAACCAAUUGUGACUGGUCAAAAUCCAGAAAUAAAGCAUUUGGAUGCCAUCAGGAAGAUCGCCCAGCAGUGGACACUGCUGAGCCCAGAACAAAAACAGCCUUUCCAAGAGGCAUCCCACCAAGCCAUGGAGCAGUUCAAGGUUGAUCUCCAGAAGUACAAGGCCCAGCAAACCCCAGCACAGCUUCAGCAACAGGCCUUAGAGCAAAAGACAAGGAGGCGCAAAAGAAAAGCCUUAAGGAAGAAGAGGGAGCUGACCACCUUGGGAAAGCCCAAACGUCCUCGCACUGCCUUUAACAUCUACGUGUCCGAGCACUUUCAGGAGGCCAGAGGAUCCACCUCACAGGCCAAAAUGAAGUUUCUGUUGGAGGAUUGGAAGAGUUUGUUAAGCGAUCAUAAAAAGGUGUAUACACAGCUAGCUGAGGAUGACAAGAUCCGCUACAAGAAUGAGAUGGAGUCCUGGGAAGACCACAUGGAGGAGAUCGGACGAGAAGAUCUGAUUCGUGGACAGACGCUCCACACAAAGAAACCUCGAGCUAAAAUUAAGCAGGUCAAAAAAGAAAAAAAGCAGACUAAACUUAAAACAGCGAAGAAGGCCACGCCGACCUCUGAAGCCUCCAAAAAAGCCAAACCAAGAAGCUCAGCACAAGCUGUCCCCAAAGGGUCCGUUAGGGAGUCCUAACAGCGUUUCUGGCUUACGAGCACGCUUCUUCUUGUUCACCCUUUUAUAAUUCUCUACAAAGUCCUUGAAUGUUGAGUAGUUGAAGCAGAAGUUUUCUUUUCAGACUGAACCGUGUCUUAGUGAAGGUUAAAGCUGUUGGUGUAUUCAUAACAAAUAAACAUCAGCACAUGCUAUUAAAACAAA